UUUUUUUUUACCUUCUAUCAUACCAUAUAUAUAUAUAUAUAUAAUGACAACAAGCACAUCACCUAUUACUCAAGCGACAGAAAAAUCUUUAACGAGGGGUCUAACCAACAACAGCAACAACUCUAAUGAAAGUAAAGUAAACCCAAAACAACUUCAACUGGAACUACGUGGUGAAAGGAUUGACAUUGAUCGUGAAACUUUGAUUCUCUUUCCUGAAAGUUUGACCCUCAAUAUUAUCUCGGAUGGACUUAGCCUCCACCAACUCUUGUAUGAACCUACAUCAGUACCUGAAAAAAUACAUUCAUUCGACUUUGACCCAAGAUGCUUCCGGUAUAUCGCCUCCUUCUUUGAACAAACACGCCAGCUUUCUUUGAAACAACAACCAGAAUACACCAUGCCACCAUUGUCCGUAUCUGAUACAAACUUCCUUGCAGAGGCAGCUCAUCGACAAAUCAUUAUCCUUUUACGUGAAGAAUUAGAUUAUUUUGUUUUACCCCAGUCAUCGAUCAUCGACAAGAACGAGGAAACAUUACAAUCCAGUCAAAAGAAUCAGGUUAAAGGUGGAAUGGAAAAGAAUAUGCAGCAAAUGAAAACUCAAGCAGGUCGACAUUUGGUGGAAGAAAACAAGGUUUUUGAAUCUCUAGUUAGAAACAUUGAAAAGGAAAACAAUUUGGCCGAACAACACUUGAUCUCUGUAUUAUAUGAAGCUGGAUUCGACUACCAAGACCAAUGGGCCUAUCGUGAUUUGGAGCCAAAACGCACUUGUGUCAUGAGUGUCUCAUUAUCACACCUUAAUGUCACUGGAUCAAAUCGACGUGCGGAUAUUUUGAAAAGAUUGAUGAUGUUUUGGAAAAAACCUGCUAGAAAGUGUUGGUGGGAUUAUGAUCACAUCUCUUUGAACGACAAUACAAUCAGACUUUGGAAACGACGAACAUUUUGGCUCGAAUUGGCAAUGGCGUGAAAUAUCUUAUCGUUUAUUCCUAUUUUAUUAUUAUACCUAAUAUAUAUAUUACUCUAGUC